AUGGACAACACACCCAGAAAGAUGGCGGGCAAGCUGCUCAGUGGGGUAUGCAGACUGAGCACCAUAGCGGAGCAAGAACCCGACAAGCCGGACCCCAAUCCCAGCUCCCAUGAUGCCCCGGGGGCCGGCGAAUGGGCCGGAUCCGGCUUCUCCGUGUGUCCGGACAAGUUCAAGAGCAGCAGCAGCAGCAGCGGCGGCUUUUCCUCCGAGGAGUCGCACCAGCCUGCGAGCGGAGAUGAAUGCGCGGCGCUCCUUCUCGCCUGUCUGCAUUGUCGUUUCCGCGAGUUCAGGGUCCUCCUCUCGGACACGUGCGAGAGGGCCGUGAGUUGCUGUUUCCCCUCCUACAAAUACAUCAUGGCGUCCAGUGACCAGGGAAUGGACUGCUGCAAUUACAAGCUGGAGCUGGACUGCAACUGCUGCGGCUCGUGUCAGGACGUGGGAGAACUCAUCGAGCUGGCCAUGGAGAUCUCAGAGGUGUGCUACCGCUGA